ACUGUGGGAGAGUCAUUACUCGGAUCCUCCCUUUCUCUCCGUGCUUUAUAUUUCUGAUUUUGUGUGUGCAGUGCCGACUCAGCUUCAUCGUAAUGGCGUUAGCGUGAACAGUCAGUACCAGACCCGUACGGCCUCCACCUGACCACCUCACUCCAAAACCGUCCUCCUAAAAGAACAACCACCUACCAAUAUUCCCUUUUCUCUCAUUCUCAUUCACAUUCAUCUCACAAAAAAACCCAAAUCCCAAAAUUGAUUCAACAAAAAUGCAACCUCAAAUUCCUUCAGCAAACCAAAAUGGCAUCAUCAUGGAAAAGGGAAACUUUUUAUGUCCUUUUUAGCUUCUCCAAAUCGAUUCUGACGUGUGUUUUGGGUUUUCGAAAAGGGUUUUCGUUGUUUUCUUUAAUAUCUCUGUACACUGAUAUAUAUAUUUUUUAUAUGAUCGUAUAGUUUACGUUUCUUUGAUGAUGGGGAAACUCUCUGAAAGAGAUAAUAUAAGGAUUGGAGAGAACGUGAUGCGAGAUGGAGACUUAUUGAAUGAGGUCCCUUAUGUGCCAUAUUUUAGUCUUCUUCGUCUACGAAAGCCUCCUUUAAGUGGUUCUCCUGUGAGUAGAGUCUCGCAGCGAUCACCAGAGCAUUCUUCCUCUUCCUGUUCCUUCUCAAAUGGGUUUUGUUCACCUCAUUGUGGUUCACCAUAUGGUGAGAGAGAAAAGAGGGUGGCAGAGAACAUGGGCAGAGAUGGGGAGUUGUUUAACGAUGUCUCAAAUGUGCCACAUCUUAGUCUUCUUCGUCAACAACAAAAGCUUCUUGGUUCUCCCGCGACUAGAGUUUCUCUGCAAUCGCCAGAAUGCUCCCCUUCUUCUAGUUUAUUCCCAAAUAGAUUCUGCUCACCGAAGGAUGAUUCACUAUAUACUGCUCCUUCAACUGAGGAGGCCAAGUAUCACACGCCAGGUCCUCAUUACUGGAAUGGACUGUGUUUGGAUUCUAAAUCCCCUCAUCAUGAGUCUUAUGAGAUCGACGGGAGGAUGUUGGAUGAAAUGGGUUUGUCUCAAAGUUUCUGUGAAAUGAGGAUUAGAGAUGACCAAAAUGGUGGUACUAAAAUGAAGGGAUUAGAGAUGGACGCAGACGGAUUUGAGUUUGGCUUCGACUACGGUUCCGUGGGUGGAGCUGUAAAGAACAAUGUUAAAAAUUAUGGCUCAUAUGGGGGCUUCAAAAAUGGGGCUUUUGAUGUUCAUGAUUUUCAAUCCUCUCAUCAUGGGGUUCAUUUGAGUACUCACGAUGAUUGUAACCAUGCACUAAAUGGAUUUCAGAGUGGAUUUGGAAAAGAUGCUCAUGAUUCAAUGGUGUCUUCUUUUGCUCAUAAUCAGUCCUUUAAUUUGUCUUCUGACUCUGGUUGGUAUGAUAAUCAUCUAUUAGAGAGGAGAAAGGAACAGGGAGGAAGUUGGACUCAUUGGGGGAUUCAAUCUCAGAACCAAUUUAUUAAUAAGCCUUACCUUGAUGAUUCUCCUAGUUUCCCUCUGCAUUACAAAAUGGCUUCUAUUGGUGGCAGAAGUGUCAUGGAUUCUUCAGGUGCACCUCAGUUGAUGAAUCCAAUGUUUGAUUUGGAUGUUAAUCAUCCAUUUUAUAGAGGUUCAAUGUUAAAAGAAAGGAUCAGAGCAAUCACAACCAACGGGUUUUCUCAUUCUCUUAUGUCUAUGAAAGGUGCAGGGGAUACUGAAGCCUUUAGCUGUGAGGACAGUUUCAUAAUACAAGGAAAAGGUUUGAACCAUGUACUCAACGAAGGACAUGAGCCUAUGAGCAGUGCCAAAAAGAAUUCCCUCAAUGAGACGUCUGUGCAAAACCUCCGUGGGAAAACAAUUAAACUAGGUGGUGCUCAAUUUCAUGGAGGAAGUUGGGAAAAUGAUCAAAGGCUAAACACUGAGAACCCAUUGCCACCGGCUCCAAGUAUUAGUUCCUUGAGUGAGGUCCAGGGAAAUAUAUACUUAAUGGCACAGGAUCAAAAUGGUUGCCGGUGGUUACAGAGGAUUUUUGAUGAGGGAACAAAGGAAGAUGUUCAAAUAAUAUUUAAUGAAAUUAUUGAUCACGUUGUGGAACUUAUGCUGAAGCCAUUCGGCAAUUAUGUCAUCCAGAAAUUCUUGGAUGUGUGCAAUGAAGAACAGAGAUUGCAGAUUGUGUUCAUGGUGACUGAAGAACAAGGACAGCUUGUUAGGAUUUGCUUGAACACAUAUGGCACACGAGCAGCACAGAAGUUGAUUGAGACUCUCAAAACCAGGCAGCAGAUUUUAUUUGUGGUAUCAUCCCUGAAACCUGGUUUUCUUGAUCUUGUGAAGGAUCAAAAUGGAAAUCAUGUGAUUCAGCGUUGCUUGCAAUGCCUUAGCAAUGAAGACAACAAGUUUAUAUUUGAUGCUGGUGCAAAGUUCUGUGUUGAGAUUGCAACUCAUCGACAUGGAUGCUGUGUUAUGCAACGUUGUAUUACACAUUCCACUGGGAAACAUCGAGACAAAUUAAUAACUGAAAUUUCAAAAAAUUCAAUUCUUCUUGCUCAAGAUCCUUUCGGAAAUUAUGUUGUGCAAUAUAUUAUAGAGCUAAAGAGCCCAUCUUCCAUUGCCAAUUUGCUGUCUCAAUUUAAAACGCACUACGUACAACUCUCCAUGCAGAAGUUUAGCAGUCAUGUAGUUGAAAAGUGCCUUAAACAUUUGGAUGAGAGCCGGGAACAAAUUAUUCAUGAAUUGAUCUCAGUGCCACGCUUUGAACAGCUAUUGCAAGAUCCAUUUGCCAACUAUGUCAUUCAAUCUGCCCUGGCAGUUACUAAGGGUCCUCUUCAUUCUUUACUGGUCGAUGCAGUCCAACCGCAUGUGACUUUAUGUAGCAACCCAUAUAGUAAGAGGAUAUUCUCGGGGAAUCUCUUGAAGAAAUGAUGUAAACUGGUCGUAGGAAGUGUUGUGUUAUGUCAGAGUUACAUCCUUGUUCACUACUAAUAAAUAGUCUAUCAAGUGAGGGCCACUGGAUGUAGAACGUCAUCAGAAUCUACUGCUAGUUUCCUGGUUAGAAAUUUCUCAACCAUGUCCACCUGUCUGAGAAUAGUUUUCUUCCUCUUUUUUGGUGAUGCAGAUACAGACUUGUAAUAUUCUGUUGUCUUGUUGUUGUCUUCUUUGUCUAACUUGUGAUGUAUUAAAUUUUGCAUGGUCAGAAACUUAAGUAUCUGCUUCCAAUUUUUGUACAUGUGAUUCCAGGAUAUUUUCUUUGAUCA